AUGUGAAGAGCUGAGAGGGGAGAGGCCAUAUGAGCACAGGAAGGCUGCAGCCUGGGUGAAGGAGAGCGUUCUAGGGCUGUGUGAAGGAGGAAAUGCAUAAUUUUGAGGAAGAACUAACAUGCUCCAUUUGUUAUAGUAUAUUUGAAGAUCCUCGAGUAUUACCAUGCUCCCAUACGUUUUGCAGAAAUUGUCUGGAAAAUGUUCUUCAAACAUCUGGUAACUUUUACAUGUGGAGACCCAUAAGAAUUCCUCUGAAGUGUCCUAAUUGCAGAAGCACAGUUGAAAUCCCUCCCCCUGGCAUUGAAUCUUUACCUAUCAAUUUUGCCCUGAGAGCUAUAAUUGAAAAAUACCGGCAGGAAGAUCACCCAGAUGUCAUCACCUGCCCUGAACACUCGAACCAGCCACUGAACGUUUACUGCCUGUUGGACCGCCAGCUGGUGUGUGGCCACUGCCUCACAAUAGGCCAGCAUCAGGGUCACCCCAUAGAUGACCUCCAGAGUGCCUAUGGGAAAGAGAAGGAUGCCUCUCCCAAGCUUGUCGAGCAGCUGACGGACCAUCACUGGAUCAAUGUGUGUCUGCUCCUGGAAAAGCUGGAGGAACAAAAAGCUCACUUCGAGGAGAUUGUCCAAAGCGAUGAGGAAGUUGUCCUCCAUUAUUUUAAGAAGCUUAAUGAUAUUUUGGAUCUGAAAAAAGAUGCUUUUCUGUCCGCCUUGCAUGAUGUUAGGACCGCAAUUGAUGAAGAAUACUCUCCACAAAUUGAAAAGAUGAAAGAAAUAAGAGAACAGCAGCUGGAAUUGAUGUCAUUGACUACAUCUUUGGGAGAGGAGGAAUCGCCCCUUAAAUUCCUGGAAAAAGUCCAUAGAGUUCGUCAGCGGGUAUGGGACUUGAAACAAAGACAGCUCCCUGACAUGAAGCCUCUUGAAAUUUAUCCACGAAUUGGCCAGGUGUUGAAGGAAGAAUGGUCAGGAACUGAAAUUGGUAGAAUCAAAAAACUUAAUGUUCCAGAAAUAAAGCUUUCCCCACAAAGGACGCAAUGUGCCCCUGCGAAUAAGCGGGAGAGGAAAAUGGAGUUUUUGAAGGUUUUAAGCAUUUUUGUACUGACAAUUUUUUCAGGAAUUUUGAUGUUAAUAUUUUUGUUUAAUGAACAUAUUAUGCUGCCUAUUUUUAAUAUGUAUUUCUCAGAAGUUUCUCAAUCUCUGUAUCACACUUUGUCUAGCAGCAUGCAUACAGUUAAGGAAACAGUGUACCACACUUAUCAUAUGCUGAAGGGAUUAAUAUGGGACACCCUUUCUUGUUGUUUCUGAGAAUUCAGAUACAGAUUAAUUAUGUUUGUCUCUCUCUAGCCAAUUCUUAAUUAGCUGUGGGGAGUGGGGACAGUUUGAUAAAAAGCUUGGCCUUUUGCCCGUGCUGCCCAAAACAGUAGAGUGUCACCUUAUUGCUCUGUCAAGGCUUGACACGCCAUGUUUUGGUAGGAGGGAAACGAAGGAGGGAGGAGGAGGAGGAAGAGGAGAAUGCUCCGAUGAGCAACUCUUGAGUUACUCGGAAUUGGACGUAGUUUUCUAAUUCUUUUGAGUCAAGAUUAUUCAAAAUUUACGCUUCCAUUUUGGCUAAUAAAGGACAGCUUUUAUAACAUUGUAACCUUUGAA